AUGGCACAAAAGAUUCAUGUGUUACUUGUUGAGCCAGAUAGUAAAGAUCAUGACAAAACUUUGAAUAUGUUGCAUUACUACUCUUAUGAAGUUACUCCGGUUAAGCUUGCAUCAAGCGCGCUAUCGAUUUUAUCAAAAGAUAAGGUUAAAUUCGAUCUCGUGGUGGCGAACCUGAAUUCACCCGACUCGUGUGGCCUCCAACUUCUACAAGAUGUUGUCAAAAGGGAUUUGCUUUUGAUUCUGAUGUCGAACGACGAUGAUCCCGUGGUAAUUACGAGGGCUAUCGAGCAAGGAGCAUUUCUAUGCAUCAAAAAGCCGGUUACGAUGCAGAUAGCCGGAUACCUAUGGCAACAUGUGUUGAGCCAGAAAGUGAGUCGACUCAAAGAAAACGAGCGAGUCGGGGAUUUCAUAAUCGAAUUCGGAAAUCAACUAGACAAUGCUCAAGAAAUACAAGAAUCAAAGAAAAAUAAUGUGAUGAAUUUUAUUAAUGGAAGCACUUCACAAAACGACAGCGUUUUGGUCAAAAAGAAGGUUUGGGCUGAGUGGAGUGAUGAACUUCACCAAAAAUUUAUGGUUGCAGCCAUUGAACUUGGUGAUGGAAGAUGCUAUCCGAAGGAGAUUCUUGAAAGAAUGAACGUACCAGAACUCACAAGAAUGCAAGUGGCAAGUCAUCUUCAGAAAUGCCGCAAUGCUAAGUGGCUACCUCCCGGCAAGAGAAAAUCGAAACAAGAUAAUCAUAAUACGGAGACAGUAACAACGGCCCCAAAACCCAAAGUCGGAAGGUCAAGAACCGAGAGAUUCGGAUCGAUGCCUCGUUUGGAUGACUACACCAAGUCCCAUUUGGCCCAAAAAUACCAACAAGAGAUGAACAAUCAAGAAUUCGCUAUCGACAAUCCACCGAUGAUAGAAUCCAACAAUAUGCAUGGAAAUUUCAAUCCGGGCGUCGAAGGGUAUAACAGUCAACUUCUUCUCGGUCACGACAAUACUAAUUACCCUUUUGCUCUAGACAACAACGAUGCAUUCAACAUGGGACAAAUCGGAGAAACCUUCGGCAUCGACGACGAGCAAUUAAUCAUGUACGGUUUCCAAAACGCGACUCCUAAUAGUGAUGACGUCACUAACUCCAUGGGAUUAGGAAUGGACUACAAUGGAAGCUUCCAAUCACUUGUUCUUGAUGCUGAUGUGAACUUCAACCAAAUGUCUAUUGUGGGUAAUGCAAUCAAUGAGUGGGGUGAGGGGGAAGAAUCAAUGAAAGAUGAAGAAAUUGAUGGCUAG